GCGGCGGCGGCGGCCGGCUUAGUUGGCGGAUAGGCGUCUCUCGGGUCGGCGACCCUUGUUUGGAAGGGAGGCAGAAUGAGUCUGCAUACCUUAAGUGGAGAUAACGUUAGUGAUGACGUAGCUGCUGAAAGCUGUGCCAUACUUUUCACAUCUCCAGAAGUCGUAGGCAGACCUUCUAUUCUCCGCCCAUCACAGAAAGAAAAUGUGCCACCAAAGGGGAUGGUGAAGCCUAUGAAGGUAACUUUUCAUACUCCUAUGCGGGAUUCUCAGACUCACAAAAUCCUAAGUCCAGAUAAAAGGAAGAAUCCUAAAACACCUGUUAUAGAAGUUGACUGCACAGAUAUCCCAGAGGAUUUUGUCAUGUAUGCAUCCAGUGCUGUGAGUCAACAAACAGUUACACUAGAUGCUGAUAUUGCAAGUGAGAAGAUAGAGGUGGAAGGAAAGGUCAAUCCUGAUUCUUCAGAUGAUGUAAUGUCAGCAAAAAGCAAAGGAGCAAAUAUCCCUGACUUGCCUACUGACGACCUUCUGAAAAUAGCGUCUUUGGCAGUGUUUGCUGCAACUGAGAAACAGGAUGGCGAUUCUCUGUCACUUGAUGCAGUUUGCCUGCCUCAGACUGCUACAGAGAAUGAUCCAUCUGAUGAGGAAAGAGGUUGCAAAACAGAAUCGUCCUUCACCCCAUCGGCAAACAAUGAUGCGACAAAGCAAUUUCUAAGCUCUGAUUUGGCAACAGUUUCUAACGGAGUCUGCGAAACUGAGCCGUUGUCAAUAGCCCACAUACAGAAUUCUCCCUCGCGACACGUGCAAGGAUCCUGUAGCUCUGAGAAUGUCAGCUGUGGUGAAAUAAAACCUGUUCAGACCGAGGAAUCAGAGUGGCAAGAUUCCACAGCAGUGAACAGCAUCUUGCCGGAGUGUGAGGGGGAGGGUCACGUAACAAAACUUGAAUUCAUAAAACAGGAACCAGAUAUGCUUGAAAAGGCAACUAAUAAGGUAUCUCCAAGGAAACCAGGCAAAGGUGCUGAAAUGAAGGCUCCUUCUGGAAAACCAGCUUCAACUCGCAAAGUGCUGGAGGAAGCCGAAGAGAGAACCAACACUGAAACAAAGAGUUCUGUCCACAAAGCAUCUUAUAGCCUGGACUGGAAUAAAUUUGAUGAUCCUGACUUCAAUCCAUUAGGAGGUGUUUCAAAAAUGCAAAAUUCCCUUGAGUGUCCUAUGCCCAGAAUUCAAACAGCCGAUACACAGGAGGAUAGUAUUUUGUCCAAAGCAGGCUUUCUUCAAGCACAGUUGCACAAUCAACCGGAUGACUUUGGAGCUGCAGAACUAUUAAGUAAGGAAUUGAAAGAGAGUGAUGAGCAGAUUAUAGCUGAAGAUCCAGCUGUGGCUGAAGCAGAAACUCAAGCUGAACUGUCAGUGGAUUUGAUGGGUAACUUGUCUUUAAAUGGAGAGUUGCCUAGAGAUGGCUUUUUGCUCCAACCUCAUUGUGAAAGGCCUGCAACAGUAAUGCAUGAAAACAACCAGGUUGCAGAUACAGGAAAUGAAGAGUUCCGAUCACCCUCAGAAGUCCUAGGACUCAAUAUUGAAGUGGACUAUCUGGAACACUUUGGAACUACCUCAUUCAAAGAAUCUGUCUUGAGGAAGCAAUCUCUGUAUUUGAAGUUUGAUCCACUGCUCAGUGAAAGCCCCAAGAAAAGUGCUCCUGUUGCUAAUGAAGCAAAACCUGCAGUUCCAAAUGGACCAUCUAGAGAAAUGGCAGUCAAUGAAAUAAAAACACCCAAACCCGAAGAAAAGUCAUUGGGACUAGACCUUCUAGGAGCUUCAACAAAUCUGGCCAGAGGUUCUCUAGAUAUUCCAACCACUAAGGACAUUUCAUUUUUGUCUUCUGCGCUGCCUACUGAGGCUAUUGUGGAAGUGUUGAAAUACACUCAGCAAGACAUGGAUACAGCUAUCGAAAGGGUUAAACUUGAGAAGGACGCGGUUAUCAAAAAGCUUACUUCUGAGGUACAAGAAAAGGAGAUGGAAGCUUUGGAAUGGGAAAGGAAGCAUCACAAGAUCUAUUUGGAAAAUAAAGAAAUGGGAACAAUUGUUGCGGAGUUUGAAGUUACCGUAGCACAAGUGAUUGAGAAUUCCCAGAAAGAAAAGGAGCUUGCCCAGAAAGAACUGCAGAAAGUACAGGAUGAAAAACGGCAGAUUAGCUCUGAUCUGAAUUCUGUGGAAAAAUCAUUCUCUGAGCUCUUCAAACGUUUUGAAAAGCAGAAGGAGGCAAUAGAAGGAUAUCGGAGGAAUGAAGCGGCUUUGAAGAAAUGUGUUGAGGAUUACGACACAAGACUUAAGAAGGAGGAACAGAAAUAUCAAGCAUUGAAGGCCCACGCAGAAGAAAAGCUUUGCCAAGCGAAUGAAGAGAUUGCCCAGGUACGAAGCAAAGCCAAAGCAGAAGAGGUGGCACACCAAGCCAUUUUGCGCAAAGAACAGAUGAGAGCCCAGUCACUGGAGAGCAACCUUGAGCAAAAGACAAAGGAAAACAACGAACUCACAAAAAUCUGUGAAGACUUGAUUUCUAGGAUGGCGGAAAAAUGAACUAAAUUGUUGCAUCACACAAUUCCUGUUUUAUUUCUAAUUUCACAAGUCUGUGCUUUGAAUAGUUUAAUAACAAAAAAUAACUACUAACUUACUUGAACUGAUUUGUCUAUUAAUGUUGGUUUUUAUUAAAUACAAAAAAACGAAUGUCUGCCCAUGCCUGUAUUUUUGUAUGUAAAUAAAACUUUUU